AUGGAUUUAAUGACGAUUGAUUACAACAGUUAUCCCAACUUAACUGAAUUAGAAGCUAAAGUAUUAACAGAAUAUCAAAAAAUCAAUAAUUUAAUACUUCAAUUAAAUGAUGAAGUAUUAAAAUUAACUCAUGAAUCAUUUGAUAAAGAAGAUAAAUGUAAUUCACAUCAGUUGAAAGAUAACUUAAGAAAUUUAGAAGAGAAGUUUGUGUUGGUUGAUCGUCUUUUUAAAACUUCUGUUUAUUCUUUAUAUUUGGAUAGAAAUGAAGUAGAUGAUAAGAAUCAAGAAGAUGAACAAGAUUAUGAAAAUGAAUUGCAACUGGAUAACUACUAG